GUAGAUACUGAAUAGCACGUGUUCUGUACUUCUAUCUUCUAUCUCAUUGAAGUCAUCAAAAUAUUUUUAGUUGAUUUUUUAUUUGAUUUAGUAUUUACAUAUUCACAAUGAAAGUUAAAACUCUUCCAUCCAAAAAAAUGCCAACAAAAAAACCUUUGGCAGGUGCUAUACAAAAGAAAAAGUUUUCAAAACCUACUGGCGGUGUUUUGAAAAACAUAGUGAAAAUCACCGAUGCCUUUGAAGAGCUUAAGUCUGGAAACGACUUAACGGGGAUUUCUUGUUCAAAAGAACCAAAACCUGUUAAAAAAACUGUAUCCAAGGACAAAUUAAAACCCGAUGGUAAGGUACCUAAAAGUACGGUCGACAAGAAAAAAAAAGACAAGAAAACUGUUGUGGAACCUAAACAGAAGAAAAUUAAGAAAGAUACAGUUGAAGGAUCAUCAAAGAUGUCAAUGAAAUCUAAACUACUUGAAUCCAAUCUAACAACGGAAGUGAAUACUAAUGAAAGUGAACCUAAACUUGAUAUAAAAAAAGUUGAAGCAGCUGUUAAUGGCCUUUUUACAUUAAUAAAAAAUGAUUCAAAUUUACCAAAAACCGAAUUAUGGGAUGAAGCUACACCAAUACAUUUAGUGAUUACAGGAGUUAAAAUAGGAGUUGGUCCAAAACGUGUUAUUCGAAUAGCAUUACCAAAUUCACUGAUUACUGAUACAACAGAUAUAUGCCUCAUAGUACCAGAUCUUGUACGUGGUCGGAAUGUGGAUCAUGAGAAAACAUAUCAUCAUUAUAAAGAUUUAUUGGCAAAAAAUGGCAUUAAAAAUAUAAAAACUAUUUUGCCAGCAAGACAAAUUCGCGUGGAAUUUAAUGAGUAUGAAGCUAGAAGAAAUUUGUGUAAUUCGCAUGAUAUAUUUUUAAUUGAUCAGAAGAUAAGUGGGUUUUUGGUUAAGAAAUUAGGAAAAGAAUUUUAUAUUAAACGAAAGCUCCCAAUAACUGUUAAAUUAACAAAAAAACACUUGAAAGCUGAAAUAGAAUCAAAGUUACAUAAGACAUCUUUUUUUCUGGAUUACAGAGGCUCUACAAAAACUGUUCAAGUUGGUCAUAUGCAACAAACAGUUAAGCAAGUGGCUGAAAAUAUUGUAGCUACCUUUAAUAAUUUAGCACAUAGUUAUCCAGGCGGUUUGAAAAAUAUCAGGUGUUUGUUGAUUAAGGGUCCAACUUCUGAAUCAUUGCCUAUAUAUUAUUCACUGAUAUCUAGAAAUGAAGUUAAUGGACCAUACAUUAAAUCUACAUUGUAUUCUAAGGAUAAAGAAGUUGAAGGAGAAUUGUUUGGAAAACGUGUAUUGGUAAAACCUAAUGGAGAUGUCACAAUUUUGUCGGGAUCUGAAGAUGAAUCUGAUGAUGACAAUGACGAUAAUGUUUCUAAUAAAAUACAUAAUCAAAAUGACAGUGAAGAAUCUGUUGAGGAAAAUAACGAAGAAGAUGAACAAUCUGAUGUUUCAAUAGAUCAAGAAAAUGAAAAGGAAGUAAUUAAAAGUAGUGGCUUAGAGUCUGAUGAAGUUGAAUCUGAAGCAGAUGAUGGUGAUGACGCUGAAGAAGAAUAUUUAAUGGAAUUUGAAGAAACAAAAAAAUUACAGUCAAAAAAUAAAAGGAAACAGAAAAACAAAGAAACUAAUGAAAAAAAUGUAGAAAAGGUUAUUCCAGAUGAUAAAAAUAAAAAUAAAUCUCUGAAAACUAAAAAUAAUAAAAUUACUAAAGCAAUUAAAAAGAAGAAAAUAAAUAAGUAA